AUGCAGAGAGCGUGGUGCGUCCGCUUCUCCCAGGAGCCGGCGGACCAGUCGGUGGUGCUGGGGGAGCGGGUGGUGCUGUCCUGCCUGGUCUUCAACUACAGCGGCAUCGUCCAGUGGACCAAGGACGGCCUGGCGCUGGGCAUCGGCGAGGGUCUGCGAGCUUGGCCCCGGUACCGGGUGCUGAGGCAGCUGGACAUCGGUCAGUACAACCUGGAGAUCUCCAACGCCGGCUUGUCCGAUGACUCGCUGUACGAGUGUCAGGCCACGGAGGCCGCGCUGCGCUCCAGGAGGGCGAAGCUCAACGUGCUCAUCCCCCCCGAGGACCCGGUGGUGGACGGAUCCCCGGAGCUGCUGCUGAUGGCCGGGACGCCGUUCAACCUGACCUGCGUGACCCGGGGGGCCAAGCCUGCAGCGCACAUCCAGUGGACCAAGGAUGGAGUCGCUGUGGAGGGAGCCCACCAGUCCACGGAAGUGCUGCCGGACAGGAAGCGGGUGACCACCAGGAGCUACCUGCCCCUCAUGCCGUCCGACACUGACAGCGGCAGCAACUUCACCUGCGUGGCCAGCAACCCGGCCGUGCCCAUGGGCAAACGAGCCACCGUCGCCCUCAACGUCCACCAUCCGCCCACGGUGACGCUGUCCAUCGAGCCUCGCUCCGUCCUGGAGGGAGAGAGAGUCACCUUCACCUGCCAGGCCACCGCCAACCCCCCCAUCAUGGGCUUCAGGUGGGCUAAAGGGGGCGUGCUGCUGGAUGGCGCCCGGGAGAGCGUGUUCGUCACCACAGCAGAUCACUCCUUCUUCACCGAGCCCGUGUCCUGUCAGGUGUUCAACGCCGUGGGCAGCACCAACGUCAGCAUCCUGGUGGACGUGCACUUUGGCCCAAUUCUGGUGGUGGAGCCGCGGCCGGUGACAGUGGACGUGGACUCUGACGUGACCCUGAACUGUAAGUGGUCUGGAAACCCUCCUCUCACCCUCACCUGGACCAAGAAGGGCUCCAGCAUGGUGCUGAGCAACAACAACCAGCUGUACCUGAAGUCCGUGAGCCAGACGGACGCAGGUCAAUACGUCUGCAAGGCCAUCGUGCCCCGGAUCGGAGUCGGAGAGACGGAGGUGACGCUCACCGUCAACGGUCCCCCCAUCAUCUCCAGUGAUCCGGUGCAGUACUCUGUCAGAGGCGAGAGAGGAGAGAUCAAGUGCUACAUCGCCAGCACCCCCCCGCCCGACAAGAUCGUCUGGGCGUGGAAGGAGAACGUGUGGGAGAAGGAGAAGGGCACCCUGAUGGAGAGGUACACGGUGGAGCAGAGCAAACCUCCGUCACAGGGCGGCGCCGUCCUCUCCACGCUCACCAUCAACAACGUGAUGGAGUCGGACUUCCACUCGCCGUACAACUGCACCGCCUGGAACUCGUUCGGACCCGGCACCAUGAUCAUCACCCUGGAGGAGAAGGAUAUUGUUCCAGUGGGAAUUAUCGCCGUCAGUACCGUGGGCUCCUCCAUUCUGCUGCUUAUGUUUCUACUGGCACUCGCCUUCUUCCUCUACCGCCAACGCAAAGGCAGUCGCCGGGGUGUCACCCUGGGUAAACCAGACAUCAAGGUGGAGACAGUCAACAAAGAGACCCACAGCCUGGAGGAGGAGGCGGCCAACGUCUCCACGGCAACCCGGAUGGUCAAGGCCAUGUACUCCUUUCUGCCCUCUGUUUCCCUCUCUCCCUCCACUCAGCCGUUCAAAGACGACAUGGACCUGAAGCAGGAAGUGCGGAGCGAGAGCGACACGCGGGAGGAGUACGAGCUCAAGGAUCCAACCAACGGCUACUACAACGUCCGAGCCACCACCCACGACGAGGCGCGCCCCCAGUCCCGGGCCAUCCACUACCAGGGAGAGUUCCGACCCCCGAACCCAAACAUCGGCCCGGCCGGUGCCUCGCCCGGCGGACCCUCGGCCACCCCCGGCGGUGCAGUCCCCCCCAGCGGCGUGCCGGGCUCGAGGACAGGCUGCUAUGACCCCCGCCCGCCUUCCAGGAUGUCCCACGCCAGCUACGCCCAGUUCAACACUUUCUCCAGGCCGCCGCCGAGCCAGCAAGCGCCGCCCAACCCGACUCUUCAGUCGCCCGGAGACUACCCGGGAGACUGCGGCCUGCUGGAGAGCACCCCCCAGCUGGCCUAUGACAACUACGGGUACCCCUCCCAGUAUCCCAGCUACCGCAUGGGCUUUGCCCCGCCCAUAGAGGAAGGGCCAUCCUAUGAGAUGUAUGCAACAGGACAAGGGAUGGGGCAAGGGCCAGGACCAGGGCCUGGACCAGGACCAGGACUAGGACCAGGACCAGGACCAGGGCCAGAUCCAGGACAAAGACCAGGGCCAGGACCCGGACCGGGACAACAAAGUCCUGAAACAGGGCUGGGGAAUUACGGAAGCUCCACCCGCUUCUCAUACUCGUCUCCGCCCUCUGACUAUUCCCAGAGACACACACAGCGGAUGCAGACUCAUCGAUGGAUGGAGAACAAGCUGCUGCUCACUUUGAGCUGUGCUGCAAACUUUGUAAGCGAUGAGAAGGUUCACGUGUACUUUAACAUAUCAAACUGAAGGUACAGAGACGUCCUGGAGCUCCGAUGGUACUUUGUACAUUUAUCUGUAAGUACGCUGGUUCCCUCACUGCAACGGAAACUUUGGUAUUGUACGUUUGAGCUUUUUAUCCAUUUCGUUGUGUCCGCCUUGUUGUGUGUGUGUAUGUGUGUGACUGCAGCUUCUAACCACACAGCUCUUGAUGAUCUGUGUUUAAAUAUAUAUCUUUUUUUUGCUCUAACGUCAAAUGAUACAGCGAUUAAACAAAUCCAGCAUUCGACGUAAAUCUCCGCGGCACCGUUACCCAAAUGUCACGUUCGUCUGCUUUGUCUCCAAACGCACAAGAAGGACAAAAGAAGUCGCGUUGCUUUGCUGGCUUUUCCAUUAAUGAAUUAAAACUCUGAGCAGUUUACAAAAGGCUUUUUAAAGGCUGAACAAUGUGGAUUAUUAUCUGCGUAGCGAGUACAACUGCAAAGUUUGAUUAUCAGCUGAAAGAGGAUUUUGC